GCAGUCACACACGUGAUCAUCUUUCCGGGUUCCUAAGCGGUCAACUCCGCCCCUCUGACGCGCAGCAGGACAGCGCAGCCCCUCUGGGUGGCUCUCGUCUUCGUCAAGUGGAGCAGUACGGCAGAAAGUGGUAGUCGUUUCGAGAGACAUGGAGGAGACGGGCGGUGCAAGUGCGUACGGGGCUUCGCUCGCAGGUGGAGGCUUCGACUUCUACAAGUUUGUCCGACAACCUCAAACCAUCGUGCGGCUGCUCAGCUGGAUAUUCGCCAUAGUGGUGUUCGGUUGCAUCACAACAGAGGGAUACAUCAACUCUCCCCACAGUGCCGAGGCAAAGUGCAUCUUCAACCAGAAUGACUCGGCAUGUCAUUAUGCUGUUGGCAUCGGGGUGAUUGCCUUCCUGGCAUGUGUGGGCUUCCUGGUGUUGGAUGUUUACUUGCCUUUUAUGAGCAACGCACAGGAAAGGAAGUAUGCUGUCAUGGCAGACCUGGGAUUCUCAGGGCUGUGGACCUUCCUGUGGUUUGUGUGUUUCUGCCUGUUGGCCAGUAAUUGGGGUCGCACUCAUGAUGUCCGCGCUGUCCCCGAGGACGCUGCACGAGCCACUGUGGCCUUCUCAUUCUUCUCUAUCGCCACCUGGGGAAUCCUGACCUACUUUGCCCUGGGUCGUUUCCGCCGUGGCGUUAAUGAAGUUACAAUCCCAACCUACACGGAGCCGCCACCAGAUCACCACACUCCCUACCCACCAACCUAUGCCCCCACCGCCUACAACCCCACUACCUACACCCCUACCACUUACACAGCCUAUCCCAGCAGUGUGCCCGACAUGCACCAGCAGCCUCCCUUCACCCCGAACCCCCAGCCGCAAGGAGACGCCGGCUACCAGCCUCCCAGCUACUGAGACAAAGGGAGGUCACAUGGACGAGGUGGUGUUCCAGGUCAUCUGUUGGUGGACUUGUAGUUGCACUGCACAGACCCAGAGCUAUAUCAUAUUGAUGUGGUUUUACAUGUGAUUUAACACACUUUUCCAAGUGUUAUCAGAUUUGAGAACCUGAGCAGUGCAACUGCAAGUUAGAGAUGAGGGACACAGCGGUUUACGCCAAAGGGUCUGUGGUCAGAUCUUAAGACAUCGGGCUAAGUGUUGAGAUUAGCGCUGAUGAUUGGGUAAUCUGACCGUAGACCUGUGUGCAAAGACGCAACUUUUACCUCAAAUGGGCUGAUCCUGAAGGGGAGCGGUAGAUAGAAUGUACCCAGGAUGUUGGAACCUAAGAAUGUGCAUUUGUACAUAGAUUUCACUAUGCAAAGCUGCCAUUUUAAUGGCUGUAUGUGCCUGAUUUUCUUUUCUUAUUUGGUGGAUUUUUCCCCUUCAGUGCAUUUAGGACCUAUAAACAGUUUAGGAUAUAUUAAUUGACAAAUGAUUUUGUGGGAGUACAGUGGAAAAAAACACUAUAUAGCCAUAUGCCCCCCCGUGAUUGUUUUUUUUUGUAAAACGUGGUCUCUGUAGAGAUUAUGCAGUUAGGUUUGUUAGCCAUAUAACCAUAAAAUCACCCUUGAAAGAAAGUUUUGCAAUCUUUGUGCUUCAGUAAAAUGGCUCCUGUGUUCGCCAUCGCAACCAGCGAACAGUGGUCCACCUGUUUUUAAGACCACUUUAAUCAAAAAGUGUUGUUGAUAGCGACAUGAGAAACCAUAAAAAUCCUCCAUUUCUGACCAUGUCUGACAAUGGCAGAUGUAACAAAUUUGAAAAUGGAUUACAUGUGCCAAUCUGUAGAGGCGAUUAUUGGACGUUCAUAGCCAGUGUUGCCCUUUAAACUUAUAUUCAUAUUAUAUUAAAGCUAUAUUAUAUUAAAGCUAAUAUUCAGAUAGACCGGAGGGAGGAGCAUGUAGAUAACUUUGCACUUAUUGAACAGGUUGAUCCACCGAGCAUGUCCUCAUACUGAAGAGUAACUUAUUAACUACCAGCAACAAUGCUUCCUCUUCAGCUCACUCUUCCUCCAAGGUCUUGAUGACAUUUAGUUUUCUGAACACUGAUGUUUAUCUCCUGUUUACAGGCUCCUUAAUCUAAACUAUUGAAGACAGAUUAACAUCUCAGCCUGAAACAUGUCCUUAGAAAGAUUACUGGUUUGCUUUGUGUCUGACAGUGGGUGACAGUUUAACACCUCAGCUGCAUUGUCUCGAUCCAGUUCUGGCUGUUAGCUCAGCUAAAGUGACACUCAAAAGUUGGCAUAAGAUCAGAUACUGGUAAUUGUUGCAGGGGUGUGAGCUGACUUUAGAUCUGUCAGUGACAAACCAGAAAUUUAAUGUGGUUAUAUUUAUUAAACAUGACGUUGUUAUACCACAUUGAAGACAUUUGUACUAGUGGAAAGACAUUGUUGAUUAUGCUUGUCCUUUAGAAGAAAACACGUGCAUAACUACUGAAGCCAAAUAUAUGAAAAACACUGUUGUUGAUCUGUCAUUUGUGCCUUAAGGAGAGAAAUGAAUCUUUAGAGGGUUUUUGGAGAAGAAAAGUGAAUAAAAUGUGCUGUGAUUAAAUACUGAAGGUAUAUUUAGGUUAAACAGCUGUGUAUCACAGCUGUCCUUGCUGCUUUGCUUGAGUGAUUUUUUUUUUGUUUUGUUUUUUUUGCAAAGGCUGAUUUUCAUGCUUUGGAAAAUCAGUUAAAUCUGCUCUUCAGUGAACAUUUAAAAUUAGUUUGUCUGAUGCUGAAGACUGCAGCUUGUAAUUACCCAACUUGAAUUGGCUCAACUGAUAAUGAAUUUCCAAAUUGUGCCUUUGGACUUAAUGUGCCCAGGUAUAGUAUUGUAAUUGUAACACAGGGACUAAUAUUUGAUAUGCCAUGUUGAUUUAAUGUAUAUUUAGUAGCACACUGACAUUUUUGCAGUUAAAUAACUUGAUAUUUUAUUAGACUAACUUAUAUUCCAUCAAGCUCCAUGUUUUAGAUGUGAAGAGACUAGAAUGAUUUGUGUAAAAUCAUUUGUUUAUGAUUUGCGAUGCCUACAAAUGUUUUAUAAAAAUACUGGUCAGGUUUUUGGUUGGCUUGAUUUCUAUUGUUUCCAAGUACUUUUUUUUUUUUUUUUGACCAUUGACUUGUGAAGUUGCCACAUGCCUUUCUGCUUUCAUCUUGUUAUAAUUUCAUGUCAUGGUGUCAGAAGCAGAACAGCUAUUUACUUUUGUUUAUAGAAUAAAAUCAUGCACAAUA